AUGGCAGUCUUGAUCCAGGCGCUGCUUUCUGCUCUGUCUCGGACCAUUGCCGGUGCGACGCGUGGUGCUCCUCGCGUCGCUCCUGUCCACGUGGUCACCGGAGUCUUCGGGGACCACGAUCCGCCGUUCCUGGAAUAUUGGCCUGUAUGA